AUGACUGGAGAAGAGACUACGCUUUACACCAGCGGAGAAGAAAUAGGAGAUGAGGAUUGCAAAGUCGCUGAAACGUCAAACACUAGCGUCUGGUGCCUUGCGUUGGACGAAUAUGGAGACAAGGUUUUAAAAUGUUUGCAGAAACCACCCUUCCUCUUUAUCUUCGACCUCAAUGAUCUCUGGUACACGAGCUUGAAUGAUCUGAUCUCGAGUUCCGAUGGCUUUGGUUCGUUGUUUCACCACUUACAAUCACAAGGCAGGUUUCUCUUGUUGGAAAUGGAUUCUUCAAACAUAGCCAUUCGAAAUGAGCUCGUGAAAAGAGCAGCUUCGAUGCGUCUUCAGUCUUCUACGAUUGUAUCUGCUACUGACACCAACUGGUUUAAGAAUUUCUGUUUGAAGGCAAAGCAUCAGGCGGCUGCUUGUCUCAGACCGGUCUACCGGAUUCUAACGUUUGGUUUUAGCUAAGAGAUGUAAUAGAAAGGGUGAUCCCAUCUUGUAAAUGUGUAAAUACUUAGAUAAACAAUCAGACAAAUUUUUCAAGCUUUUUCACUGCCAUCUAAAAAUAUGAGAACUGAUCUAUCAACAUCAUUAUUCAUCGUAGAACUAAGCAUCAUACAAGUGUUUUUCUCAUAUUUAACGUUUUUUCUUAGCUCGUUUGGAAGAAGUCCUCAACGUCUCUUUUCUCACAUCAUCUGUAGCUUUUGUGUCCAGAAACGGCUGCACACACAAAAAAAAAAGAGAGAGGGCAAAAUCAACACAGGUUACAAGUUACAACACGUGAAUCUAAGCCUUUUAAGCACACUUUGUUUUGCCACUGAUGAGUUUCACCAAUUUGGUCCCAAACACUGGUUUUACAACUUAAACAUGUAUGCUAACAAGUUCAUACAAAAACAAUGGGAACAUA